AACAGAUCACUUGCUCUUUCCCUCACAGUAAGCUUCAACGGUGUAAGCGCUGCUUUAUACACAACCCAACCUCUCCAGAGCUCUACCUUCUCUUAAACGCUCUCAUACCUCUCGUUAUCUCUUUCGCUGCAAUCAUCCUUAUUCUUCGCCAACCGCCUUUUGAGCCUCUUCCACUAGAUGGAGUUCGCCGUGACUCCCUCAUGUUUCUAUUGCUCAACAUCCUCGCCGCUUUAAACGGCGUUUACCUCCUCCUCUUUGAGUCAAACUCCUCUGACGUAACCUCUGCUGGUCUCCUCUUCGGUGGAGCUAUCAUUCUCUUGAUCCUCCCUUUAUGUAUCCCCGGUUUAGUCAUCGCACGUAACUGGUAUCUUCGCACGAUCCACGCUAGCUUCCGUCUCGAAGGUUCUGGUUUCAUUCUUGUUGAUCUUGAUGAGCUUGAGUUGCAUAUAUGGAUGCUUGCGCAAGAAGCUGACCGAGAAAGCUACCAGUUCCUGAACGAAGAUGUUGUGCGAAACACAGUUAAGACUAUAGCUGCGGAGGAAGGUGAUGCUGAUGAGUUGCUUAUCACAAGAGGCCAGCUUGAGGUUUUGGGAACUGAACAUUCUUUGAAGCAGCUCUUAUGCAGAGUUGACUUCUGGUUAUACUAUGUCGCGUACUUCUGCGGUGGAACCAUCGGUCUUGUGUACAGCAACAACCUUGGACAGAUAGCUCAGUCUUUAGGACAAAGCUCAAAGACCACAACUCUUGUCACACUUUACUCCUCCUCCUCAUUCUUUGGAAGGUUGCUUUCUGCAACACCAGACUAUAUUAGAGCGAAGUUUUAUUUUGCAAGAACCGGGUGGUUAGCAAUCGCGUUAUUGCCAACACCAAUAGCUCUAUUCUUGCUUGCAUCAUCAGGAACCGCGUCAGCAUUACAAGUAGGAACUGCGCUGAUUGGUCUAAGCUCAGGAUUCAUAUUCGCAGCAGCGGUUUCCAUCACAUCAGAGUUUUUUGGACCAAACGGUGUUGGAGUUAACCACAAUAUCUUGAUCACAAACAUACCUAUAGGAUCUUUGAUAUAUGGAUUCUUGGCUGCAUUGGUCUAUGACUCACAUGGUUCGACCGGGAUCAAAUCGAUGACUGACUCGGUCGUGUGUAUGGGCAGAGGCUGUUAUUAUUUGACGUUUGUGUGGUGGGGAUGCUUGUCGGUACUUGGGUUAGGUUCUAGUCUUGUGCUGUUUAUUAGAACUAGAAGAGCUUACCAAAGGUUUGAGCAAGCUCGGAUAAGUUCAAACAUUGAUUCAUAGAAGUUUGCCUCAAUACCCUAUGGCUUGUGUAUAUAAAUAUUGUAACUGGGCUUUAUGG